AUGAGAGGAUCGAAAUGUCUGGUAACGAUAAUUUCCGCGACUUCUGCCGGAGAUUACUCGCCCUACGAUACCCAUUAUGCCCAGGGAAUUCAUGCGUAUGAGAAUGAAAACUGGACCGAGGCAAUAACCGAAUUCGAACGAGCAAUAGAAGAGAGAAACCGUUAUUUAGAAGCAAAGGUGCAUUGCUCAAUCGAUAGCUGUGGAAACAUCACCGGCGAUUCCCUAAAGUCCCUUUCCAUCGGAUCCGGCUUUAGUCAAUACGUCAUCGCUCGCGGGCUCUGUCUUUACAAAUGUAUGUCUGAGGCGAUUGGGAAGAAAUACGUCGAUUGGAGGAUUUUACCUUCGGUGGAUGAAGAAUUUCAAGCUCGCCUGCCGUACCAGUAUCUCAAUGUCGCCUAUUUCAAAAGUGGAAACAUCAGAAAAGCGUUGGAAACUGCCUUUACUUUCUUCAACGCUGAUCCUUCCGAUCCAGAGAUGCAGGAUACCCUGGCUUUUUACCAAGAAAUGGAAGAAGUUGACGACUCCAUGUUUGUCGAUAUAGAAAAUCCAGAGCAUCUAAAGCACUACGAAAUCGCCCAGUCAGUUUAUCAGCUCGAAGAUUAUCCUCAAGCGAUUUCCGAAUUCGAGCAAAGCCUUCAUUGGUACUGGGACAGUAUGGACGAAUGCAGAGCGCUCUGCGAUGCUCCGUUUGAUUUCGGCGACGAUUAUCCAGACGAGCUGCCAAAUUAUCAUCUUUUCCAGACAAAAAUGGUUGCACAGCUACUCGAAUGCCGGCUCAAGUGCGUCAAACAAAUGGAACUGCCAUGCGGCCGGUACCAUCGUCGGUCGAACAGCGAUCUUCUGCCGAUUCAUUACCAUUAUUUGAUGUUUGCUUAUCACGAAAUCGGGGAUGAUCCAAAGGCGGCUUCGAUGGCAAAGACAUAUCUGACAUUUCAUCCUGACAAUGAGCCUAUGCAGAUAAAUAUACAGUUCUUCGAUCAGGAAGUUUACGAAGCUGCACAGCCAGAAGAAAAAGCCGUCAAGUUUCACAAAAAACUCAUGCGAGAAGUAAAAAUGCUCGAAUACCUUGAACAUCACUUUGGCCCGACAUAUGGGUUCAAAUACGACUAUGCCUUGCUCACGCCCUUUCCCGACGAAAUGUUUUUCGAAGCGGAAGAUGAGCGGCUUAUGAAUGAAGAUAUCGGAGAUAUUGACGAGAACUCGCAAACUCCCUGGGAUCCUGAGAACGAGGUCAAAGAUCCGCCGACUUUUGGACCAUCUUAUGAUACUCCCUUCCCUACUGGUGCUGAAAUAGGUUACGAAUCGGUGGCGGAGAAAAUCGAUGAUCUUCUUUUCGACCCCCUUGCGGAACCUGACAAAGUGAAACAGGUCGAUACCGUUCACGGAAAACUGCCGUAUUACUCUGCUGGUGAUGAGAAAUUCGGAUAUGUCGUGCGAGAUUCGCCGAAAUAUAGCGUUUUUGACGAUGGGCCAGCUGUGAAUGCAGAAGGACCAGUCGCUGAUGGAGCUGUUUUGAAGCAAAACUCGACACAUCUUGCGGGACCGACGAGAUUUGUCAUGGACGGUCUUUUAUCAGAUGAGCAGUGCGAGUCCUUGUAUAAACUCGCUUCUUACGGUAUUGUUGGAGACGGCUACGAAGGGGACAAGAAACCUCACUCAAAAGGAGAAGAGUUUGCUGGAAUCAGCCUUCUCACUGCAGCUAGAUUGGCAGAUAUUGGAGCGGUAGAGACAGCAGCGGUUCAGCUCUAUCACGACAUCAAUUCUAAGUUAGCAAAGAUCGUCAAAGAGUAUUUCAAGCUGGAGACUGAUCUUUAUAUCGAUUUCAUUCAUCUGGUUUGUCGAGAUCCGAAGGAUGAAAAAACGACCGACGAAGAUGGGAACAUCAUUCUUUCGCACCCAGUCCACCCCGACAACUGUCUCUACCUCCCCGACGGAACUUGCCCCCGUCGGCCGCCAGCAUACGUCUGGCGAGAAUACUCGGCCGUGCUCUAUUUGAACGAAGACAUUGAAGGAGGCGAGAUCUUCUUCGCGGAUCCAAGCGGCAAAUACGCACUCGCAGGGGUCAAGCCGAAGUGCGGCCGUCUUGUUGGCUUCUGCGCCGGGACAGACUGUCUUCACGGUGUCAAAAAGCUCACCGGAGGCAAACGUUGCGCCUUGCCUAUUUGGUACACGACGAGAAAAGAGAAAGAAGAUUUCACGCUCGAAGAUGCUCGUGCGAUUCUCAAAAGACUCAAUUCUAGCUCUGCAUCAAACACAGAUUCUGACAGUUCUGAAAAAAUGCCCUCUGAAAAAACUGAACUCUAA